AUGGGUUCGGUAGAGAUCCCGCAAGUAACAUAUGGAUUCAUUGGCAUUGGAAAUAUGGGGUUUCCAAUGGCCCAGCAUCUGCGCAGGCACCUUGCGGACGGGUUGACUCUUGUCAUUUGCGAUGUGGUCGAGUCGAUCACCAAGAAGUUCGUGGCGGAGACCCCAGGCAAGAUCGAGGUUGCUAAAACACCAAAGGAAGUUGCCCAGAAAUGCGAUAUCAUUAUUACCAUACUCCCGGUGGGAAGACACGUUAAAGAAGUCUAUACGAAUUCUACUACCGGUUUACUCUCGAUCCCAGCUGGGCAGUCACCCAAGCUCUUCAUUGAAUGUAGUACCAUAGAUGUACCCACAUCUUUGGACGUUGGAAAGGCAGUUGCUCUCUCGGGUCUAGGACGGUUUGCCGACGUUCCAGUUUCUGGUGGUCCGACUGGUGCCCGGGCAGCAACGUUGACUUUUAUGGCUGGCGGAGAUGAACAGAUCUGUGAUGCAAUUCAGCCAAUAGCGAUGACGAUGGGUCGAACGUUUUAUCGUUGUGGGAAACCCGGGGCUGGCCUGGCCACCAAGCAGAUCAACAACUACCUCUCCGGAAUCUGCAUGGUGAGUACAGCAGAGGCGAUGAACUUGGGCAUGAAGUACGGAUUGGAUCCUCAUGUCCUGGCUGGCGUUAUCAACACAAGUACGGGUAUGUCAUACAACAGUAAGGAGCAGAAUCCGGUCAAGGGAGUGAGCAGCAACUCUAGCGCGAAUCGCGAUUUUGCACCGGGGUUCACGAUUGAGCUUUGCAAAGGCGUGCUUGAGAUGGUUGCACAGCUAGGUAGCGAGCUCGAGGCAAACAUGCCUCUCUGUCAAGCUCUGCUCGAUACAAUUGACGCGGCCAGCAAGGAUGAUAGAUGCAGAGGCAAGGACUGCCGGGUGGUGUACAAAUACAUAGCGGAUGUUGAGUGA